AUGUCGAGCGAGGAACACGUGAUGAAGACGAAUAACAAGACAUCAACAACAACUCCAUCGUGCUCUUCCAUAGCGACUACGACUUCCACCACAUUAACAACAAACAAUCAUCAUCAUCAUCAUCAUUUAUAUUAUGAGGUCAAUUCUACUACUAUUGGGAGAAAUUAUGAGGACGACAACAACCGAGAACAACAACAAGAACGGAAAGAAGAAGGACCCGUUCUUCGAGAAAAGACACCAGAGGAAGGAUUUUCAGUCUGUCAUUUCUCCACUCCGCGCUCGACUAUGAAACACGACAAUACUCAUCGUACGGAUGAAACGGAUGUUGCCAAAGAUCAUGAUGGAAUCUGUAAAAAGGACAAGUUGAGAGGAUCGGAAAGUAUUCAUGGUCCAGCCAAUAUGGAACCACAACAACAAACAUCACCGCCAUCAGUAUUUGCUUGCAAUGAUCAUUCGUUGCCUUUACCUAUUGCCUCUGAAGACUCUGAUUGCUCUGACACUGAGAAGAGUAACAAUCAGGAUGAAACAACAACUUCGUUAAAGAGUCAAGUUCCAACGAGGCCUAGAACUCUCCUUACGGUCAGCACUACGAUGGAAUCUCAGAGGAGUGCGAAAGCUGUUUUGCAUGGAUCUCUCCCUUCCAAUACGAAUGUGCUCUCUUCCACCCAUACCAAACUCCACAACCUUAACAACUUGCAACAAUCGCCACCACCACCACCUACUUUUCCAACAUUAAGUCCACCACCAGGAGUUAUCCAAACAGCUCACCAUGGCAUGGCAACUCCCACACGCAUGUUUCCAUUCUCCUUCACAUCCUCAAAACACAAUCCACAGCAUGCAUCUCUCCCACAUUUUGAACCACCUUGCAACAUACCAUUAGAUGCACAAAGUUGUACCUCGAGCAGCUCUAAUGUCACACAAGGCACCACAGAAGAAAAGCAAACAAAAAACAGAAAAGAAAAAUCUUUGACUAUGAUUUGUUCGAAAUUCAUUCAAUUUUAUGAAAAUACUCUGAAAACCUCGUCCAAUACGAGCGUCACCAACAAUCCAAGCAAGGGUGAAAUUAAGAUUGAAGAAGCUGUCAAUACUCUAGGUAUUGAAAAGAGACGAAUUUAUGACAUUCUCAAUGUGUUGGAGAGCAUUUCCAUUGUUUCUAAGGUGGGAGUUUCAUGCUACAAGUAUCAUGGCACAAAAAGUCUGACAACCACUCUCGAGCAAAUGAAGAACAGUGCUUUCGAAGACGCUACUCUUCUUGAAGGCCUAAAGGCGCUUCCAAAAACUCCCCAAAACGAACCUCUACUCCAAUGCUUACCCAAGUUUAAGCAAAAUAUCAAUCCAAUUGGUUCUUCGAGAUCCAACACAUUGACCUCUCUUAGUAGACUUUUGAUUAUGAGCUUCCUUGUUACUGAAAUGAAAGAGAUGACACAAGAUCAACUCGCCAGCAUUGUUCUUAAAGAUUCAACAGAAAAGACUCGAACAAGAAGAUUAAACGAUAUUGUCAACAUUCUUUCUGCCAUUAAUCUCAUAGAAAAGAGAAGUGAAAAGAGUGUCAAUUACUUUAAAUGGCUUGCAAAAUUACCAAAACCAGAGACUACAAACGCCAUCUUCUCUCCUUCAAAGAUGCCAAUCAAAAAGAGAAAGAGAACUAGUUCCAAACUAGCAUCGACUAGUUCUGUUGAAGACCACUCCUCACCUUGCUCUGAUGACUCCACAUCUCCAUCCUCCACAUUCUCUUUCAUUGAUACUCCCCAAUCUUCCAACUCGAGCAUGGAGAACGAUUCAGCUUCACCAUCAUAUUCUUCUUCCUCUCAAUCCUCAACUCCCUAUUCACCCUUUUUCCACACCACUGUCACCACACCAACAGCAUCUAGCAGCAUAAGCAUCCACAAUAGUGGCGGUCUUCACUUUCAAUUCAGAUCUCCUCCAAGCAAGAAAAACAAACCAAGCCCUAUGCCACUCACCUCUACCGUUCCAACAUCAUUGUCCAAAAAUUUGCAUGAAAUGUUCAAUGUAAAGCCAACAACAGAAAAGAAACCUCCAUCCACCUCUCCACAGCAAUUGUUAUCCAGUAGUACUGUUACACCAAAUCAACACAAGAAUUUAACAGUCUCAAUUCCAUCCAAGCCAUUAAGCUCCAAUCUUCCAAUCAGUAAUAGUUCUAAUCCUCAACAACCAUCAUCUAAGGCUUCUCCGUUUGUGACUACUUUGGGAUCUUUCCGUUUUGCUACUGAUAAUUUGCAAACUUUGAGCAAUAUUUCGAAACCAAACGCUGCAACACCAUGCUCCGUCAGUCCUUUAGCUAUUCUCACAAAUGAAAAGAACAAGGAAAAUUGUGUCUCAUCGCCAUUGCUUCAGAAUUCUGCAGAGAAAGGUACCUCCCUAUCACCUUCACCACCAUUGAAUCCAUCAAAGGGUUCCUUUACCAUUAAGAUACGUUCACCUCUCCAACCAUUGUCACCCUCCAAGCUUUCUGUUUUGAAUCAACAACAAAAUAUUCAAAAAGAACAACUCAAAAAGAAAUAA